GAAGCCCUCAGAGUGGGUCAGGCAUGGAGAGAGCCAGCGGUACUGCUGCGUGUGUCUAAUGUUUUUGUUCCGUACUGACAGUCGGGAAAGCCAGUCUCACCGAACUCUGGAGCUGAAGGGAGAGCUAUAUAACUGACGCAAACAUGGUUUUAAUAACACCUGUGCUGUUGCUGCUGCUGUCUUGGGUAUCACUGCAAGCUGUCGCAGAGAUCUGCCGGGGGACGCACUGCUACGGCGCGGAAACCGGCGAUCCAAGACCGUGCACCGGAGCGCACUGUCCGGGGGGCAGAACCUCCAGACCGCCGCGGCACUAUCACACGACAGCGCAGGGGAGAUCGGCGCAGAUAGUCGCCAGCCAACACCACGCGUAUCCGAGCUCCCCGAGAGCAGCGUCGGAGGUUUAUCCGGCUGUGCAGCCACUUCGCGGGCGGCACAGCGGCAGCAGCAGCAGCAGCAGCAGUGGCGCACGGAUAAGAGCGCCUGAAGUUUUACCUGCAGGAUGCACGGGUGCAGACUGCGCCGCUCUUGUGAAACAAUUUCAGCCCACUAAUGACACCCAAGAAUGUAGAGGGAUCGAGUGCAGACUGCCGCUGAGGAUACGGCCAAAAGCUCGAGCAAAGUCUUGUGUGGGAGAAGGGUGUAGUUCAGAGGAGAGCGCCAGCCAGCUUCCUCCUGUCCAUCUGUCCGACAGAGCAGCUCAGUUUCUGGGAGAUUUUCCGGACCUUGGAUAUCCAUCGUCGGAACUUGGCGGCGCACCUUUGGGUGUCCAGCUCACAUGUGACAUCAAGCCAGGGGAGAAUGAAGUUCCCUCAGAAGAUGCCCUCAUCUUGCACCUCCAGCUGGCCAAAGGGCAGGAGAAGCUGGUGGAGGCCCUGCGUGCCCAGCAGAUAAUCAUCCGUGACCUGCAGCAGAAGCUCGCCGACCAACAGGAGGCGCUACUGUCCCAGCAGAUAGAGAUCCUGGACCAGCAGCGGCGCAUGUAUGAUCAGAUGGAUGUGGUGAAGGCCCAGUACGGCCUCCUCUCAGACACCAUCAAACAGGUUUCCUUCCAGGGCCUGCAGGGUGAGCUGCAGAGCUACUUCGAGAGCCACCUGGCGGGUCUGCAGAGCCAGGCCCGCAGCCACCUGCAGAAGUCCUACGCCGUGCACAAAAUGAACCUAGACUCAAAGGUGAUGGAUGUAGUCGGAGAGGCUAAUUUCCCUCAACCUCUGCUAGGAUGCCCUUCACCCUGUGGGCAGGAGGAGUUCUGUGAUUUUCAGAAUGACCCACCUCAAUGUGACAAGUGCACCAUGUGUCCACCGGGCUUCUUUCUGAUCUCACAGUGUUCUGCUACUGCAGACAGGAUGUGCCAGGACAGAGAUGAAUGUCUUGAAGUACCAAACAUUUGUGGAGAGCGAGUGAAGUGCCUUAAUACUCCAGGGGGGUUCAGGUGUUUGGGGGUUUCUAUGAGAGAAGCAGUGAUGGGCUUGUGUGGUCAGGACUACUUCUACAACCAGGAGCUGCAGGAGUGCCAGGCCUGUUCUGACUGUGAUGUUGAGCCUGUUUCUGUUGCCUGCACAGCUAUCAGUGACUCUGUCUGCGGCCAGCCUUCAGAGAGCCAACUCUCCGGGUCUUGGGGGGCCAAUGUGGGAGUUCCCCCUGCCAGAACCUCUGGCACCCAGAUCUUCCCUGGGCUUCAAUUAAACAUCCGAGGAAAAGAGAAAAUUGAUCUGUUGUCCAACGAGGCUGGGCAGGUGACGUUCCUGCAGCAUGGCCUGGUGUGGUUGGAUCAUAACUUUGCGAUAAAGCACAGCUGCAGGAACUUCCUUCAGGUUGGAAUAAGGCUCAAUGGGAGCCAGGAGGAGGAGGGUCGGGACCUCAGCGGUGUUCGCAUCGAACAACCGGAUGGGAAGUACUUCCAGGGUGUCAGCAUCAGCAGCGGAGUCGAGGUGGAGCCUAACCACACCCUCACUCUACUGCUGAAGAGUCCCAAUCAACACUGCAACCAGAGCAAGGAUCUUCACGUCUAUGACAUCACCACUCCUUCUUUCAGUUUGCUGUGGUUGUCGCACGACACCGGUGCCGUAGCUAUGACGGCUCAGAUGUCCGUGUUGACGCACUACCAGACCAGCUACCGCCCAACUUUCCGCAUGACCUCUGUGUCUGACCCGUAUAUGAUCAUUCUAACGCACGACAACCGCGGUGUGCGCUUCACAGAAAGUGGCGUGGUGAAGUUCGUCCUCCAGCAGGCGCUUUACUCUAUGGGCCACACCUGCAUUCGAGAGGGUUUCUCCCUGAUUGCCUACACUAACCGCAACGGGACUGGCCAGGAGGCGAUGCAAGCCUUCAAGACGGGCGUCAACUACAGGGACACCUCCAUCACCCUCUCUGGCGCUGUGAGCAUUGCCAGCGGGGACACGCUCAGCUUCGAGAUCACAUCUCCGUCCCAGUGCAACAUCCGCUACUUUGGGGACAGCACCGGGAUCAGUAUGCUGAGCCUCAUCUGGAUUCCCUCAGCAGUGUCGUCAGCGCUGACUGCUACCGUGUCCAGGACUGGUCUGCCCUUUGGAGCAGUCAGGAACAAGCAGCUGUCAUUCCAGCAGAUCAGCCCGGACACGACGCAGGUUCAUCUGUCCCGCUCAGGGGAGCCAAACAGCAGGAAGAACUUUGUAUUCCACGAGAAAGGAACGGCGAACAUAGCCCUCAACCUGAAGCUGAUACACUCCUGCAAUAUCGUUAAACUCACUUUGCAGCGGGCAGGGGGUCAGGGUGGGCAGGCAGCUCCUGUGGCUCAGCAGGUGUCUGGAUAUAUGCCUGAAGGGAGCGAGUGGGCCAGUAUCGGGCUAAGGGCCUCGUUUCCUGUGCAGAACGGUACAGCGGUGUACGUUACUCUGGACUGUAUUCGCGGACGAGUUAACCAGAUCACACACGAGGGCGGCACUAACGUUUCAAUUCUCUGGGUUGCAGUCUGAUCGAAGGAGGAAUGAAGCCUUGGUCAGUAAUACAUUUUGUGAAGAAGAAGAAAAAAGACAAUUUUGCACAAUAUUGAAUUGCAGAGCAGAUUCAACUAUUUACCAAAUGAAGAGAGGAUACUGGUAGACAUGACACAUAUUUGGUCAUAUAAUUGUUUUAAAUAUAUGUUUCAUCACCUGUUAAGACUUCUAUUGUCAAAUCUUUGUGGGUAUGAUUAACAUACUGUAAGUACUGCUUUUGCUUAAAGUACUUCGGCUGGUUGAGCAGUGACCAAUUCUUUGUGUGUGUGUGUGUGUGUGUGUGUGUGUGUGUGUGUGUGUGUGUGAGUGUGCGUGUGUACAGUAUGUAUGAGCGUGUUUGCAUACAUGUGCAGUGGUGCUUUUAUAUUUUUGUAUGUGUGUGUGUGUGUGUAUGUGAGAUAAACAUUGGCAUGCCUACUUUUGUAUGAGUCCUUUAAUAUGUAUAUCUUUAUGCUCCUGCACAUAUUUAACUUUUGUAUGUAACAAACUUUUUUGUAUCAUAUCGUUAGGCAUUUAAAACAAUAACAUUCUGGUAGAUAUGCUUGUACACAGGAAGAGUUAAAUGAGAAGAUAGAAGAUAGACACUAACCUUACUCCAUAAACUGAAUACAUCCCAACAAAAACUAUCCCUUCAAUGCUCUGAAGAGUUUGUAAUGAAAGAGUAUACACUAGUGCUAUGUAGUAAACUUUAAUAAGCAGGAGUUGGUUUUUGAUGAUAUUUAUUUGCCUUUUAUAAAACAGGAAUCUUGUAUUUACACUAUACAAUGCAUAUAUUUGUCAUAAAAAUAUAACAAUAUGUUGUGUGGUAAAGCACUGAGUAGGCAGUGUUGAUAUUCAAAUACAUGCAGUGAUAGCCUCUAUCAUAUGCUUAUUUGCACACAGUUUAACACAGUAUUAUGAAAUGUGCAAACAUCUUACUUUGUUAUUCGUUUGCAGAAAAUGCUGUUUCCCUGUGAAGAGUUGCCCAUGCAUAUCGUUCCUAAUUGCCUCUGUGUGUGUUCUGUCCUCCAAACAAUUAGGCAUAAUUAAGUGUUUCAGGGAGUUGGCAGGCACUGAAAUUCUUUAGCUUUAUUCUCACUUCAUUAUGUUUAGUGAUUUUUUCAUACUGUGGUUUGGGCUACCUGCACAUGUCAAUGCAUGCAUACGUGUUCAACACCAAAUAAAAUGUACAUAUGUUUUGCCA